UGUUGUGUCAUCAGCAAACUUAAUGAUGGUGUUGGAGUUGCCAUAUGAGACACACACCUGGUGUGGUCAUUAGAAACACUGCUGGACACAUGCCAUGGUAAGGAUCAGGGAGUUACUACUGACCACGUGAUCAGACCAGGACACAUGCCAUGGUAAGGAUCAGGGAGUUUCUACUGACCACGUGAUCAGACCAGAACACAUGCCAUGGUAAGGAUCAGGGAGUUACUACUGACCACGUGAUCAGACCAGGACACAUGCCAUGGUAAGGAUCAGGGAGUUUCUACUGACCACGUGAUCAGACCUGGACACAUGCCAUGGUAAGGAUCAGGGAGUUACUACUGACCACGUGAUCAGACCAGGACACAUGCCAUGGUAAGGAUCAGGGAGUUUCUACUGACCACGUGAUCAGACCUGGACACAUGCCAUGGUAAGGAUCAGGGAGUUACUACUGACCACGUGAUCAGACCUGGACACAUGCCAUGGUAAGGAUCAGGGAGUUACUACUGACCACGUGAUCAGACCUGGACACAUGCCAUGGUAAGGAUCAGGGAGUUACUACUGACCACGUGAUCAGACCUGGACACAUGCCAUGGUAAGGAUCAGGGAGUUACUACUGACCACGUGAUCAGACCAGGACACAUGCCAUGGUAAGGAUCAGGGAGUUUCUACUGACCACGUGAUCAGACCUGGACACAUGCCAUGGUAAGGAUCAGGGAGUUUCUACUGACCACGUGAUCAGACCUGGACACGUGCCAUGGUAAGGAUCAGGGAGUUACUACUGACCACGUGAUCAGACCUGGACACAUGCCAUGGUAAGGAUCAGGGAGUUACUACUGACCACGUGAUCAGACCAGGAAAAACUCCAGUGGUUCUGUUGUUUCUCUGUCAACAACAACAACAACAAGUCCAGUCAUCCCCAGGUCUGCUUCAGUGAAGUCUUGACAACCUGAUGACCUGUGAAAGGGUUGACAGGGUGAUGACCUGUGAAAGGGUAGCCGGGGUGAUGACCUGUGAAAGGGUUGCCAGGGUGAUGACCUGUGAAAGGGUAGCCGGGGUGAUGACCUGUGAAAGGGUUGCCAGGGUGAUGACGUGAAAGGUCAGUUGCCAGAGGACUAAGUAACGCUGUGAAUUUCCGUUCUUCUUGUUUCUCUACAUUCUCCUCUAGCAAACUCUCUUUACCGCCAUGCAGAAGCACUACACUGUGGAGGAGUGGAAGGCUUUUGCAGCCAAGUUUCCAGAAUGUUUGGAGCACCUCCAUCCUUCCAACCCUGGUUGUUCUCUCACACUGCUGCCCCGUCCCCCUCAGCACGUAGCGGUCAGCUCAGGCAGCGGUCAAGCCGACCUGGAGAAGCUGUGCAGCGUCCUGGAGACCGUCUCUGACAUCAGAUUCAUCUGUCUGGACGUGGCCAACGGCUACUCUGAACACUUUGUGGAGUUUGUCAAAACCGUCAGGGGGAGGUUUCCCCAACACACUAUCAUGGCUGGCAACGUGGUGACUGGAGAGAUGGUGGAGGAGCUGAUCCUGGCAGGAGCUGACAUCAUUAAAGUGGGUAUUGGGCCAGGUUCUGUGUGUACGACGCGUAUUAAGACGGGAGUGGGAUACCCCCAGCUCAGUGCUGUCAUCGAGUGUGCAGACUCCGCCCACGGCCUGAAGGGUCACAUCAUCUCAGAUGGCGGCUGCAGCUGUCCUGGCGAUGUGGCUAAGGCAUUUGGCGCUGGAGCUGAUUUUGUGAUGCUGGGGGGCAUGCUGGCUGGCCACGACCAGUGUGCCGGGGAGGUCAUUGAGAAGAAUGGCAGAAAGGUCAAGCUGUUCUAUGGGAUGAGCUCUGACACGGCCAUGAAGAAACAUGUCGGGGGAGUGGCAGAGUACAGAGCGUCAGAGGGCAGGACGGUGGAGGUACCGUACAGGGGGGAUGUAGAGGCCACCAUCAGGGACAUUCUGGGUGGUCUGCGCUCCACCUGCACCUACGUAGGAGCUGCCAAACUGAAGGAGCUCAGUCGCAGGACCACCUUUAUCAGAGUCACACAGCAGGCCAGCCACAUGUUCACAUAGUAGUAAAUAGACGGACGGACGGACAGACAGACAUGAUCUUUCUUGUGGCUGUUUAGCACUUCACAUCUUAAUGCCUGAUUUAAAUUGUGCUGAUUUCAUUUAAAAUGUAAAAGUGUGAAUAUACAACAAUAUUUAUGUAAAUGCAUCAGUUACUUUCCCUGUACACAGUAGACAGAAAGAGGAGAAACAGAGAGAAAUACCAACCUGGACUCAGGGGUAGACGUAACAUAGUAAACUUAUAUCCGUGACACUCCAAUUAGUAUGAUAUGUAACGUUUGGCAUGGUAUUCUUUUGUGGAUGUCCAUCUUCCAUUUCGUCGGAUAUGUUACGAAUUAUAAUUCGUACAAUAUGUUACGAAUUUUCAAAACGUAUGAUAUGUUAUGAAUUCUAAUUUGUUGAGGCUAAGGUUAUCUAGGUGUCUAGGUGGCUAACGCUAAUGUUAGCUAGGUGGCUAAUGUUAGCCAGGUUAGGGAUUAAGGUUAGGAGUUAGGUUUAAGUUAGGGUUAGGGGAUGGGUUAGCUAACAUGCUAAGUAGUUGCAAAAAAUUGGUAAGUAGUUUCAAAGUUGCUAAUUAGCUAAAAUGAUCAAAUUGUCUGUGAUGUUAUUCAAACACACAGCCUUUGUGUUGCUUGAUGUUCACGUUUUACACCUACCCAUCCACCCUGUCCAACCACCCUACUUUCGUUUUUUGUCUUAAGUAACCUUCUGUCUUAUGUAACCAUACCAAAUGUAACAUAUCAUACUAAA